AUGCAAGCCAACGGGCCCUCGUCGCCGAGCAAGGCAAAGCGCUCGCGUGCCGAAAUGGAGGCUGACGGCGCCGUCUCUGCAAGAGAAGCUGCGGCCCAAGUCCAAGACGACGAUACUUCCUCCGACGACGAUGACUUCGGUCCGGCCCUCCCCUCCUCGGCGCCCAAGAGGAAAAAGCGCAAGCUGCCGUACGAAAAGCUCUAUAUCGCUGCCCUGCCCGGCGCAAACCGCUACUCCAAAUCACUUAUGCAUCGCGAGCAACUGUGCUUUACCACUUUGACGCCCCACACCGACUUCCUCAUAACGAGCUCCGUCGACGGCGUGGUCAAGUUUUGGAAGAAGGACUUUGGCGGUAUAGAGUUUGUCAAGGAGUUUAGGGCGCACAAUGGCGAGAUCAAGUCUGUCAACGUGAGCGCAGACGGCCGUAGCUUUGCCACUGCAGGCGCCGACAAGACGAUCAAAAUCUUUGACGUCGUCACCUUCGAUCUCCUGGCCAUGCUGACUGUCGAGUAUACCCCUCGCGCGGUUUGCUGGCUGCAUGGCCGAGGCGCAAGCUUUCCUCAACUCGCCGUCAGCGCCCAAGAGAAUGGUUGGAUCCGCAUAUACGAUGGCAGGGGGGAGAAUCCGGACCCGCUGCAAACGCUCAAGAGUGUGCACAGGGCGUCGGUCAGCAUAAUGGCAUACAACAAUGAAUUCGACUGUGUCGUAAGCGUCGAUCAAGGGGGUAUGGUCGAGUACUGGAGACCCAAUGGAAAUUAUGAAAAGCCAGACAACGUAUGGUCGCUGAAGAGCUCCACCAACUUGUUCGAGUUCAAAAAGUCAAAAUGUGUGCCCUCGUCGCUUACCAUAUCCCCCUCUGGGAAGCAGUUUGCCACCUUUUCCUUUCCUGAUCGAAAGAUCCGCGUCUUCGAUUUUGCAACGGGCAAACUCUAUCGGACGUACGAUGAAUCAGUUGAAACCAUCACGAGCAUGCAACAGGCCGGCACCGCUGUCCAACACCUAGAGGACAUGGAGUUUGGUCGACGGAUAGCCAUCGAGAGAGAGCUUGACCAGCCUACUACAAGAGGUCGCAUGAAUGUCAUAUUUGAUGAGACAAGUAAUUUCAUCCUAUAUGGCAGCAUGUACGGAGUCAAAGUCAUCAACACGCUGACCAACAAGCUCGUGAAGCUGUACGGCCAAGAAGAAUCCAUCCGACCGCUAUGGCUGUGUCUCUAUCAAGGUCAACCAGAGAAAAAAGGUGUCGUCACGGUCGAAAUGGCAGCGAGCGAGAACCCACUGCUUCAAGAAGCCGAGGCGAGAGACGCCAUGCUGGUCUCUACAGGUUCUGGCAAGGUCCGCUUCUACAUGUACACCAAUGAUGCCAGCGCUACCAAGUCGACCCGUGACGUACAGAACGAGAAACCCCGUGCCGCUGGCGCCAACAAACAAAAGAAUGAUAAAACACUCGCAGCAACGGAUACGACGGCAACACUCCACACUACCUAUGGCGACAUCACCAUUCGCCUCUUCCCAGACGCCGCACCCAAGGCUGUGGAGAAUUUCGUCACCCAUGGGCGCAAUAACUACUACAACAACGUCAUCUUCCACCGCGUAAUCCGCAAAUUCAUGAUACAAACCGGUGACCCACUUGGCGACGGCACAGGCGGAGAGAGCAUCUGGGGCAAGGAAUUUGCAGACGAGUUCUCCAACUUGAAACAUGACAAACCCUAUACCGUGAGCAUGGCAAAUGCUGGGCCAAAUUCGAAUGGAAGCCAAUUCUUCAUUACAACUGAAAAGACUCCCUGGCUCGACAAUAAACACACCAUCUUUGGAAGGGCGAUUGCGGGUAUGGACGUUAUUCACAAGAUCGAAAACACCAAGGUAUACAAGGAGAAGCCGGAAGAGGAUAUCAAGAUUAUCAGUGUCUCCAUCUCUUGA